AUGGACCCGAAGGCAGGCGCUUGUCACCAGUGUUCUCGCAGCUCUAACACAAACAGCAACAUGCUCUCCUGCAAGGUAUUUGUGGCCCUCAUGUUCUUGGGCGUGGCUCUGUGUGUGCCAUCAAACCUAUACAGCCAACAGACGUAUGAGGAACCCAUCCCAUACCAGUACUCCUACAACGUGCAGGACCCCUACGCCGGCGCAGACUUCGGCCACAGCGAGGACUCCGACGGCCACAACGCCCGCGGCUCUUUCCACGUCCAGCUGCCCGACGGUCGCAAACAGACGGUAAAAACAAAUGGUGAAUAUGAGGCCGACCAUCAGCUAGGCUAUGUGGCCAAUGUGCAGUACGAAGGUGAGGCCAGUACCGCCAGAACUACGGUCCCGCAGUCACCUUCCGGCCCUCGCAGCAGAACAGCUACCAGCCUCCCGCACCCGCCCCUUACCAUUGAUCCCAUCACAUACCAUCGCAUGUUGACGUUCAGUGUUGAAGAUUCUCUAAUAAAUUGUUAUUAAUUUCCA